GUAGAGGUGACUCCACUGCAGAUGAGGGAACAUGUUGGCUAUGGACCAAGGAGUGGUGGAAGACUGGUUGUCAGAAUUUAAGACCCUCCCUGACAGUGCUGUGUCAAACUAUGCCACCUCACUGAAAGACAAAGGGGUCCUGGUCCCUGCACUCUACAAGGUCAUCAGAGAGAACUACAGUGAUUUGCUGGAGCCAGUGUGUCACCAGUUGUUUGAGUUUUACCGGAGCGGUGAGCCACAGCUGCAGCGUUUCACGCUACAGUUCCUGCCUGAGCUCCUGUGGAGCCUCCUGUCCGUCAGCGCAGCCAGGGACCCGCACACCUCAGGCUGCAUUGAGGCCCUGCUGCUGGGCAUUUAUAACUUGGAAAUAGUUGAUAAAGAUGGACAAAGUAAAGUUUUGUCUUUUACCGUCCCUUCCCUCUCCAAACCCUCAGUGUAUCACGAGCCUUCAGCUAUCGGUUCCAUGGCCCUAACAGAAGGGGCGCUAGCCAAUCAUGGGCUGAGCAGGGUGGUGUACAGCGGGCCACACCUCCAGAGAGAGACCUUCACAGCACAAAACAGAUUUGAUGUGCUGACCUUUCUGCUGCUGUGCUACAACGCUGCUCUCAGCUACAUGACCUCCACCUCCCUCCAGUCCCUCUGCCAGCUCAGCUCCAGGGUGUGUAUAUGUGGUUACCCACGGCAACAGAUGCGGCGCUACAAAGGCAUUAGCUCGCGGCUGACGGUCACAUCAGAAUUCCUGGUCCAGCUCAUCACAGGGAUACACUACGCUUUGUGUAAUGGGGAAGUGGAACUGGGAUCCAAAGCGCUGGACGACGUUCUGUAUCGGGCCCAGUUAGAGUUGUUCCCUGAAGCUCUACUGGUGGGUAAUGCCAUCAAGUCGACACUGCACGGCGCUGCACUGAAGAGCAACAACAAGGAGGGUGCUAGGAGUAUCCAGGUGGAGAUCACACCCACCUCCUCCAGAAUCUCCAGAAAUGCUGUCACUUCCCUCUCUAUCAGGGGGCACCGCUGGAAGAGACACGACGCAGUGGAUCUGGGUUCCCCGGAUGAGCUAAUGGAUAUUUCGGAGGUGGAUGAAGGGGUGUGGCCAGGCGGGGUGGGGCCUGACAUGACUCCACCCACCAUCACUAUCAGCAACAGCGUCACCACAUUAAACUUGGGGGCCAAGGCCAUGAAGAAGUGUCGGCUCGGUGUGCGCACCAACAAGGACAAGGAAGCUGGCCCUCUAACAACGGGACGGGCUGCCAGCGAGAGCGCAGAGCUGUCCGUCAAGCGACUCACGCUCACUUCCAGCCAAUCAGUGCCCAAGGCAGGAGCUCUCACCAGCCUGACGCGCACUGCCAGCGCAGUCUUCUCCCGCUCCUUCGAGCAGGUGGCCAGCGGCAACGCCCCCCCCUCCAGCAACCACAUCUCCUCUGAAGCUGGCCGCUAUUCGUGCAGCCUGCAGGAGGAAGGGAUGGGGUACUUGAGUCCCGGGCCAAACCACACGCAGCGUUCUCCCAGUAUCAGCGUGCACCUUGGCUCUGACCUUUGAACCAUUUGUAACUCCUGACUACCUGAACCCUGAUCCCGUGACCCGGCACCUGUGACCUGGAACUCCAAGCCAUGCCAACUGCAACAGACCGCGAACACUCCCGUGAUUCCCCCCCUCAUCACUCCAUUUUUGGCGUCUUUGAUUCUCUGUGCUGUAAAACCAGCCUGCUGCCCUGCUCCAUUCAGACAUCCAGAGCACAACGAGCUUCCUCUGUUCCUCACAGCAGAGUGUCCUCUGGGCCUGAUGGAGACAGGAAGUCAGGGAUUCCACUUCCAGCUUCACUGAUUUUUUUUUUUUGUUGUUGUUGUGCACUGUUGCCGUGAAAUCGUGCCAGGACAAAACUGUACUCCUUUGCAGUACAGCCCGUCGUUUCAAUGGGUGCACUUAGAGCUCAUUACUAAAAAAAACUGUGUGGAAAAGUAUUUGGAAAGUAUUUUAAUUGGCAUUUGUUGCCCUGCAUGGCUUUUCCAUACAUCCAUCCUUACCUUGCCCAGGUUUGUCAGAGGGCAGACUUUGAGUAUGUGUGAGCAUGUCUGAGUGUGUGUGCUGUAUGUGUGUAUGUACAGAUUGUAGAAUAAAGGCUGCUGAUUGAUACAAUGAACAAGGUAUGAUUCUCCUAGUUGAAACAAGUGUUUCUACUACUUUUUCUAAAAAGAUAAUACAUCCCUUCCCAUAGCAAUACAAAUCUCUCCUUUUCAGUGUUUUCCAUCUUUUGUUAAGAUUACUCAAACUCCCUCUGUUUAGACUUAUUUUGUCAACAGUUACAGCUGUGCUCCUUUUAGAAAAUCUGCAUUCUUCCCUAAAAACAUCUGGAAAAACAACCACUAAAUGAUCCACCAGUAUGAAGAAUCGGUUCUUUAUGUUUACAGUUGCGCAGUAUUGUUAUCAUGAUGGAGAAGCAAUAUUUGUGUCCUUCCCUCUCUUUCUUCUUUAACACCUUGCUGAAUUGCUGUGUAUUUGGCAAUUUUAAAAAAUCCAACUUCUGACAAAUGACGAGUAAGAUUAGAUUUUUGGGACAAUGGGUGUGUAUGAUUUGUAAAGUAUUGAAUUUUGCACUUGACAGAGCAAAACAAGUUGUGUUAUCAACUUUGGUAUUUUCUUAUGAUGAACAAGAGAGGUUUGACUCUCAACUGUGGUAUUGUCCUGCGAGAAAGCUCUGCUUUGUUGCUCUGUACGGAGUCCCAUGAUUGAAAGAAAAAAAACAAUUAAAAAUUAAAAGCACACCAACCUGGAGUCCAGGACAUGCAAGCUUGACCAAAACUGUAACUGAAUCUAUUCCUCUGUUCUGCAGUCAAAGGUUCGUACCGAUCAACAAGGCAUCUUUACUCUUUACUGAUCCACCCACCAUUCCAGCUGUUUGUAGUACUUUGGUGAUGUGUUUCCUGUGUCCAUCCUCGUUGUUCACUACUACAUCAUCAUCACCAUCACCAUGUCACAGGACUUGGUGGUGGUAUACUCUUUUACCAAAAAAAGGAAUAAAACUCAACCCAUCUGCUACAUUUGAUGUCCUAAAUUGAGCAUUAAUGCUGCCCCCCACCCUCCAGCAAAAGUGUAUUCUGUUGUCUGUGUACUAGAGCUGUCGAAUGUCCAUAGCUUGGUGGGACAAUAACAAUCAUUGUGUUUCUGUAUGUGGGUUUACAGAAUGUGAAUGGGUAUGCUCUUUGUUGUACAUCAUACUGUUGUACUAAAGUUGGUUUAUAUUGGCCUUUCUAUGUCUGAUGAUGAGUAACCCACUGCUACAACUUCUGGGAAUAAAGUGUUUCUA